AUGAUCAGCCCUAAACCAAUCCUCGAUUCCACAAAAGAUUCCACGCUCAACGAAUCCACCUCAAACUAUACACUGUCCCGCACUUUUCCCCCCGAUGCCUCCCUUGUCUUAGUCGGAGUCCGCGGCUGCGGCAAGCGCUCUCUAGGCUUCGUAGCUGCAACAGCAUUGAAACGCCGCUUUAUAACCGAAGACCACUACUUUAAGGAAUCAACCGGAGUAACGCGACAAGAAUAUCUCAAAGAACAUGGCAGCCAAGAAUUCCAGCGCCGGGACAUUGAAGUCCUCAAGUCAAUGCUGGACACCCAUCGUACAGGAUGUGUAAUGGAGUGCGGACUAGGCAGUCUCACCCGACCCGUACAAAAACAUCUACGGGAAUAUGCCCGCACCAACCCCGUCGUCCAUUUGUUACGCGACAUCGAUCGCAUCCAGCAAUUGCUCGGUCUGGAGGACCAGGCGGUGCGACUAUUCAGAGAAGGAGAUCCGUUGCAUCGGAUGUGUUCGAAUUUUGAAUUCUAUAAUCUAGAAGACCGGACGCGGGCGCCGGACGAUGGGAGUCCAGAUCGGAAAUCGGCGGAUUACUCGUUUAAAUUACAAGAUGUGAAGGAGGAUUUCACGCGCUUCGUUCAAUUCAUCACUGGACUGGAUGUGAAUUACUCGAAUUAUGACUCGCCGUUUGUGCUGCUGGAGACACCACCAGAACUGCGAUCUUUCACACAUGCUAUCUUCAUUCGAUCGUCGGAUUUGAUCGCUGAUAAUGUCAAAUUAGCGGAACUUGAGUCCGGUGGAGAUGCCAUUGAGCUUUGCGUUGAUAGCUGGAACUCGGGUAUGCAAGCAACCAUCAGCAAACAAGUUUCUGUGCUGCGUCGAAAUGCACGAGCUCCAAUAAUUCUCUCUGUCGACGCAUCUUCCACCGGACUUGGCCCUCCAGAGGCCAACCCUACACGAUAUUUCGAUAUCCUCGAGCACGGUCUACGUCUGGGAGUGGAAUAUCUCGUCGCAGACCUAACCCAGAACCAAUCCAAACUCGAUAGGGUUAUCCAAAGUCGCGGAAACACAAAGAUCAUCGGCCAGCAAGUCUUCGAACCCUCCUCCCCAGCUUGGAACAGUCCAGACUGUGAGGCAAUCUAUACCACAGCCUCAAAACAAGGCUUCCAACUUGUCCGACUUCUCCGCAUUGCCAACUCGCGCGAGGACAAUGCCGCCGUAAUCGAAUUCUCCAACAAAAUCCGCUCCCUCCCGGGUGCAAAUCCACCCUUAAUAGCCUACAACAUCGGCUCCCUAGGCCGUACCUCUCAAGUAUUCAACUCAAUACUCACAUCUGUUACACACCCCGCUAUAACAAGCCCCAAACACACGCACGACCCCCAAAUCACCUCCCGCGACGCCGUCCAAGCCCUCUUCGCAAGCUACACCCUCGACCCCCUAAAAUUCUACAUCUCGGGCGAAAACGUCACCUACAGUCUCUCACCCGCAAUGCACAACGCAGCCCACUCCCACUGCGCAAUGCUCGACCAACUAGGCCGAGACCCACACUUCGGCGGCUCAAGCGUGGUACAACCCUGGCGGGUAGCUGUGUACCAAAAGUUAACCUCAAAAAGCCGGCAUGCGGAAGCCAUCGGCGCAAUAAAUACCAUCAUGCCUCUCCGCGGCGCAAACGGCAAAUUCUACCCCCUGCAGGAACAAGCCGCACGUAGGAACCAGUCUGGCACCGUGCUGGGCUGGUACGGCGAGAACACAGACUGGCUGGGUAUCAUGACCUGCAUUACGCGGCAUCUGUCGCCGCGCAACGCCGUCAGCGCCAAGACCACGGCGCUGGUCGUUGGUGCGGGCGGUAUGGCGCGCGCUGCGAUCUAUGCGAUGUUGCGACUUGGGUGUCGCAAGAUCUUCAUCUAUAAUCGUACGCGGGAGCGGGCAGAAGAGGUCGCGCGGCAUUUCAAUUCGUGGGCUGCAGGCGGGGAGGAUGUUGUGCGUGUUAUUGGGUCUUUGGAAGACUCGUGGCCGGAUGAUGUGCAGCCUAGUCUUGUUGCAAGCUGUGUGCCUGCUGAUCCGGACCGGGAUGAGCCCCCGGCAAAUUUUGAGAUGCCGGGGCAGUGGCUGGGGAGUUUGACGGGGGGUGUCAUCCUUGAGUUGGCUUAUAAACCCCUCGACACACCGCUCCUUCGACAGAUGCGUCGGGUGCGCAGUGAAACGGGCCGUCCUUGGGUGUUGUCCGAUGGGUUGGAGAAUGUGAUUGAGCAGGGCAUUGCGCAGUUCGAGCUGAUGACUGGGCGCAAGGCGCCGAGGCGGCUGAUGGCUUAUGAGGUUUUGAGGAAUUAUGUGGGCGAUGGGGGGCGGUUUGACGAGAAGACCAUUCAGGCGAGGUUGGAUGGGGUUGAGUCUGGUUAG